GCUUUAAGUGCUGGGUGGGAUAGGGUAGUCUGACCGUUCUGUGCUUAGAGAACCUUUUUCCUCUGUCAAAAGCUCUCAGAGACAGACAUUUAGUCUUACUCAUAAGAAUCUGACAUGCUGAGUUCACAUGCACCUGAUGAAGUGAUAACUCAAACUGUGUGCUGUUUUGACAGCAUGUUUUCACAGUACAAAACAAUGAGAUCCUGCGUAUUUGUGUGUACUAAACUUUAGACUCUUAUGUGUAAAUAAAGUUGAUCUGUAACAGGCUUUGUGGUGCAAACGAUAGCACGUUAGAUUUCUAGUCAAACACUUGAGAUGUGAUUCAAAGUUUGUGGGUUUAAGACCCACCAGUCAGGUUUUUGUUGUUUAUAGAUGUGGUUUUUACUGGGAAAUAUCAUCUUUUGGUGUGGUGUGAUAUCUUUAAUCUGCACACGUUUCUUUUUUUGUUUUGUUUUUUUGUUUUUAGGUAGUUGGUCGUCUGCUAAUUGGAGGGACAGAUGCUCGAUUUCCUGGCUCCUCCAGUCUGCAUGUCGAAGUGUCCUUGGGCAAGAUGCCGAUAAGAGUAGAAUAGCAAGAAAUAAAUACCAUUUACUUAGUAAUGUGUGCUCAGUCAUAGCACAAGUCAGUGAACUCUAAUUGCCACCACUCUGGAUUAUUUAUGAAGAUUUGGGUAACCUAAUUCUGUUGUAUGUGUUCGCAUUUCUCAGUUUAAUAAGGAUAGCUUUCCCACGUUUGAGUUGAACCAAGAGGCACUGAAAAAGUUUGUAAUUCAAGACCCAAAGUGCUUAUUGUUGAGACAAGUACACAUUUGCUUGUCCUGAAAUGCCACAGCUGUGUUUAGCUAACCACAGCGAGUGAGUCCUUAAAAGACGCCACAUGAGAUGAGGCUGCUAUUUCAUAGAGUUUGCUGGUUCAGUUGAGGCUUUGUGGGACACUUUUCUUAGUAUUGCCGUCUAACUCUUCUUUCUGGAUCAAGACCAAAGUGGUUUGCGAACAGACAAUGCUAAAUACGUCCUCUGUGUGCUAUAUUUACAGCUGUAUUUAUGGCACAGAGGAUGUUUACACAAGUCCCGGUUCAACGCUAAAAAGGAGCAGUUAGAUUACGAAUGUGAAUCUUCAUAUUCAUAAGCUCUUACAGCUAAAAGGAUCUAGUUUGGAAUUAUCCCAUUUCAAACAUGCCAAACCACAUCUGCUAUCGUUAAUCCCGUGCAGCUCAUCGACACACAGACACAUCGCAGCCUCUCUAAUUAAAAGUCAACCACAGUUCCCAUGACAUGACUAUGGUGGGGGGAACUCCAGCGAUUUACAGGAAGAAUCGUAAAACUGCAAACCAGACUAUAACAGGAAACUAUGGGCAUUAACCUACACUUAGCGACUCCUUCGUCAGCUAAUAUAACUACAGAACUGAACUUACUCAUCCUCUUAGCUGUGUUGGCCUGUGGCUCGUAAAAUAACCAUCAGCAUAAAAUCCUUUUGAAUCUUUCCAAUGACUAAUUACACGUGGCAGCGAUCCUACUGAAAAUUAGAUCAUCGAUAUCUGGCAGAUGGUAGAGAACUGUGGAAAUCAAGUCAAGUCCAAUAAACAGUCAAGGACUUCUGCACAGUAGAGCUACUGUAUAUGUGACAGGGGUGGGGGUGCUUGUGUUUGGCCCACCAUUUUCCAGCCUCCCUGUAUUGCAUCAGUAGCAAGCGGUGAGAUGCGGUCCAUUACAUUUCCUCUGUUAACAAGCAUCUGGACCAGGUUCCAGGCAAUCGGCUGCCACACAGCAACUGGCUGUUUGCUGCAAGGGUGGCCUAAAUGCCUGGAGUAAUGAAUCAGCUCUGAGUGUCGCAGCAGCAAACACACACUCGUUGCAGAAUUACACUCUAAGAUAUUUGACUGAAGUCUGCUGACAAGGAGCGCUGGACUGUGUUUGUUUUGGUUUUUACUCCAUCCAAAACCUUCCCUGCUGGUCACCGUGGUCUAUUUGUUGUUAAUGAUUGGACACAAAAUGGAAAUGAGGGAAUAACAUUGAGAGAAUGAGACAUUCUGGGUUUCAUGCUUCAUACUGUUGAACAGCGUGGCAAGUUGUCACACCAGCUGAGUCACAAUCAAUCCUGACUCAAUUCAGCCGACGUGGUGAAAUGUGCUAAGUGCUGUCUUUAAAAGGGCAAGUCCGUCAUUUUUACACAUCAAAAUCUAUUUAUAGAUUUUGUUUAAAGCGUUUUGAGGGAGUUCGGGUAAAUCUACUUGAGUCAACAUCUGUUUGAUCUCCAAACAGCACAGGUCUCAAAGUCGAGCUCGGCUGCACUCCGGGCACAGCAGCUCAUCUCAUUACCAGCCCACAUUAGCUGAUGGCUCAGCUGAUACCCUUCUACAUAACCAACUGUGCUGGAGUGAUGACUGACCACGCAACACUUUGGAACAAAUGACUGAAGUCUACACAUUCAGAAGAUGCCAGCAGUUGCACAUGAAUCUAAUUUGAUUACCUUUGAAUGCGAAAAGAUGCUGCAGAGGGUUUUAUCUACAAUGGGGUCUUAAAAUUGCUCCAAGAUAAUCGACUUCAACGAUUUUACUGACAGGAUCUCUUGGUGGGAGUCUGUGAGUGGGGGCUGGCAUGUGGCCCCCUGAUCUCGGGCCUCCAGAUGUGACUCUUCCUGGAUUUGGGAGUGUGUUUGAGGAUGCUGAGGAUCUUCAGGCGCCGCUGUCUUCUGGUGGCUUCUGCCAGCCGUCGAUCCACUCGGGAGGCCUGUGCUGUCUUCCCAGGACCUCACUGUCGCUCUCCUCGCUUGGGCGUGACCUCACCUCCCUGCUCAACUGUAAGACAGCCGGAUCCCACAUAGAAAAGACUGUGGAGGACUUUGCAACCACAGCUCACACAGACACCCAAAACAGCACUCAGAGGUUCAGCUGCUACCCUCAGCCUUCCUUCCCAAUUUCCUACAUGCUCACCAGCUGUGCCACAUCUUCAUCUUUCGCCUCGCCACCUUCAUCACUGUCUUCUGCCUCCUCAUCUCUACUUUUUGCAUCUUGCUUGCCUCUUUCUGAUGCCAACAAUAAAUUGUCUCAACAACAACAAAAGCCACAGGAGGAAUAUUGCUCCGUAAAACAAGAACCUGCAGAUGAUUUCUUGCCAUGUAAGAGGGAACAGUUUCAAAUUAGCAACCAGCAGGGGGAGCUGUACCAUUUAAAUCAGGCUUUUCAAGGAUACAGCAAUCAGGACAGCACACAGUCCUCUCUUCAGUCCCCCAUGAUUAACGUACCUGUGGGACAGGACCCCACGCUUGACCAGCAGGAGCAGCCGUGUCAUUGGAUCGACUGCAGUGCCACUUAUAGCACCCAGGAGGAGCUAGUGAGGCACAUCGAGAAAGUGCACAUCGACCAGAGAAAAGGGGAGGAGUUUGCAUGUUUCUGGACUGGCUGUGUGCGACGCCACAAACCGUUCAAUGCUCGCUACAAGCUGCUUAUCCACAUGAGGGUCCAUUCUGGAGAAAAACCCAACAAGUGCAUGUUUGAGGGCUGCUCCAAGGCGUUCUCUCGUCUGGAGAACCUGAAGAUCCACCUGAGGAGCCACACAGGGGAGAAACCUUACAUUUGCCAGCAUCCCGGCUGCCUCAAGGCUUUCAGCAACUCCAGCGAUCGUGCUAAACACCAGCGCACACAUCUGGACACGAAACCAUACGCCUGUCAGAUACCAGGAUGCACCAAGCGCUACACUGACCCCAGCUCAUUACGAAAGCACGUCAAAGCUCAUUCAGCCAAAGGCCUUCAGGAAAAGGAGGUGAAGGUUCAGGUGCACACGAUGCUGGAAUCUGACAUCCUAAGUGACUGCCUGGCACGCCAGCAUCUCCACAGCUCUGCCUCGUCCCACCAAGAAAACAGCUCACCUUUACCGGCUUUAGAUGACUUCACAGGUGUGUACUCAAACAGCAGCAGCACCGCCCACAGUCGGGGGAAUUCAGAGUUUCUGCCCCCAUCAGCAGACUCGAGGUAUCCAGGCCUGGAGGGAAACUUUGAUGCUAAUAGCCCAAUAUCUUCAUUAACAAGCCCGGGGAGCAUGAGAGAGGGGAACAGACCAGCAUCCUUGUUUGUGUCUGCUGACGUGAUCCCAGCAAGUCCCUGCUCAGACAGAGUGGACGUCCGGCUGCAGGGCUUCCAGAAAACCUACAACCACCAACAGCAAGUGUUCUCGCAGCAACAAGGCUGCCUGUAUGGAGAGGGAAAGAUGGCUCAAGCACCCAGCGAUGGAGGUUUUGAGCCUGCAAGUUACUUCACCAACCAGCCCACCUCCCACUCUACAGGGUUUGACUUGCUGCAGGACCUGCAGGGUCAGGCGGGGGGCGGUUACUCCUUGCCUCCCUGCCCAGACGACAGCUUCCUCUUCCAGGCAGGUGGCGUCGACCGCUGCCUCAGUCAGAUUUACUCCGUCUAUCUGGACUCGUGAUGGCCACCCAGAAAGACGCUAUGCAGCAUGAAUGAGACAGCUGACAAUCACUCACUUAUGUAUAUAUCUAAGGAUCGUUUUAUCAGCAUUGUUCCUUUUUUGGCAAGAGAAAAAAGCCAGUGGGAGUUUAAAUGAUACAAAAAUAACUAGAGGCUGAAAAAUUCUCGUUAAGCUGUGGAUCUGUGGACAAACAAACAAAUGGCCAAAAGGGAAAAUCGCAGAGACACAGUACUGUGCAAGAGUCUUGACCCACCCAACAUUUCUUUAUAUUUCGCUAGCAAAAUGGGAAAUAGGCGAUGCCAUUUGUUGAAAUGUUCAAAGAUAUAAGGCAGAAACAGUGUUUGCAGAUUUCUAAAAAGCUUGAAAGUCAAUAUCUGGUAUGACGCUUUCAUUUAAUUUCUUUAAGUAGUCUUUAGGAAACGUCCUCCAGACUUCUUGAAGAACAUUUAAAGCUUUUCUUUGGAUGUUUGUUGCAUUGAGCUUGUGCUCCGUCAACAUGAUCCCACACUGUUUCAGUAAUGUUGAGGUCCGGCCUCUGGGGAGCCCAGUGUGUUUUUCUAUUCAGGUAUGCUUUUACUGCAUCUACAGUGUGUUUGGGAGCUUUGCCACUAAGAUGAUUUUCAGAUGGUAUUGAAUAGUGGACCGAAAUCUGACAGUAUCAGUUGUGACAGGAUCCCCAAGGGCAUGUCUGUCAGAUGAUAAUACUAUUACUAGAAUAGCGUUAUAAGCCUGCCACUUCUUCAUUUGUCCCUUGCUUGUUCAGUUCCCUAAAAUUCUUUAAAGAUGCUGCUCAGAGGUCAGUGUUAAGUGGCUUAAUAAACAAAAACAUUCCUGUGAAAAUGCCCAGGUACAGGCUCUAACCAGUGUCCAAAGAAAAAUGUUCAAAGACUUUCAGAAAGCCUGGAGGGCUAUUGCUCAAGAGCACUCUAAAGAUUACAAGAAGGUCUGGCUCCUUGGAAGUAAAGUAUAAUGAAAUUAGGAGUUGGUCAAGAUUUCUGCACAGUAUUCUCAGUGGCAAAGUAGCAAUGACUUUUUUUUUCUAAACUCAGAAAUGACCACAACAUUUGUGUUUUCUGGAUAGAAGGAGCUGCAUGCUUUAUUUUCUUUGUCUUCGUCUCCAAUGUUGAUCUUAGCUAGUGAGGACACUUCUGCCUCCGCAGCGGCUUGGUUUGUAGGAGAUAAUCAAAGAAGUAAUCCAUAAUGCAAUGCUUCCCAACCUCGUGUGGGUACACGAAGCGGAAUGUAGAAGAUGAUUAUAAAGACAUCAGUAAAACGAAAUAUCCACAUUCACAAAAUAUUCUAAUUUCAUAUUUUCUUGUUGUUUGUGUGUAAAUAUUUUUAUUUUUUAUUUUUGCAGUCCUCACAGUGAUUUAGAUAAAACAGUGGAGGUUCGAGAAUAACUCAGACAUAAAGUUGUAAAUAAAACGCUCAGAUUCAGUUUUUUAAUUCAACACAUUCAGCAGUUUAAACAUUUCAAAGCUUAGUCCAGCGUUUGGGAGAGAUUCUUGCUGUGUGUUUAUCUGAGUUACAUAAGAAGACUGAUAUCUCUUUCUUGUUGUUGUAUUAACUAUGAAGCUCCAGCUACCAGCUGGUUAGCUGAGUGCGGGAAAAGACUGGAAACAGCUAGCAUGGGUCUAACAAAAGCAAUAAAAUGGACCUAAAAAACAUCUACAGAAGAUGCUUUCAGCUGCUCCCUUCUUUCCAAGGGGAGGCAUAGCAAAUGGUUCCAACCAUAAUCAGUUAUCAUAAUCAGAUAAUCAGUCUAUUCGUUUAUGUUUCCAAUGAUAUCUCAUGUGUUUGUGUGUCCUCUGAUCCAAAGAGACAGUAAAUCACAAUAAAGUUAAACUGAAAGAUACUUUUUUCCUGUAGUUCUCAGGAGGAUAUACACUCAGCUUCGCUGAUGCAGUGUCCCUCCCCCAUUCAUCCAGGCUUGGUACUGGCACUGAGGGAGUACACUGACUUGAGUCACUUGAGGCUGGCUUUGUGUCUCCUCCCAGUCUCAAAUUUUGAUUUUUUUUUUUUUUUUUUGUAUGUAUGUAAAACAAAUGUGUUGACCACAAAAAAGCUCAGUUGAAUGUCUGAAUAGAAAUCUAUAAACUGGGAGUCUUAACAUUUAGAUGUGCUGUGAAGGGAAACACAGAGGUUUAUGGUUGCAUGCCAUCACGUGGACAGAAUGAAAUCUUUCAAUUUUCCAGGUUUUUUUUUUAUAUGAAAUCUUUAACACACAAAAUGCUACUUUCAGCCACUCCCUUAUUGAUCACGUUAACAGGAAGCAUGUAAACAAACCAAACUGCUCAGACAAAAUGUAUCUAUAAUGUCAGUGUGCUUGAAUCAUCACAAAUUAAUACAAAUGUAGGAAAGCCUUUGCACUACACAAUAUCACUGUUGCUAUAAUGUGUUUUCACUUAUUCAAAGCAAAUUCAUGUAUGGAACCUCUGACAUUUCUAGUUUUAUAAACAUAGCCCACAUCCUGUACAGCUGCAGUUUAUGAUGUCCUUGCCUGUAGCUACAGGUAGCACCUCAGUCAGUUACACAGAGGCCUAUCAACAAAUGUUGGUAUUAAGUAUCCUGGACAUUAAAAAAAAUGUAGGCAUCAAGGUAUUUGUAAACCUUUAGAUUUUCUUUUCUCUAGGCUGUGGACAUUAAAAGGGUCUUUUUAAUGAUCAGUGGUCAUACAUAAAACGACUCAAAUCAGCUUUAAACCACUUUAUGGAUGUAUUUGAUCCAGACCUUUUGAUGAUGGUGUUUAAAGUGUGCACAUUACUGCCACUGUGCAACAGAAAUGCUUUUUCUGCAGACGUCCAUAAGGGGGUGUCACAAUACGUAACAUCUGUUUCCAAAAUGUCCAAACUGCUUUACUACAACAUCUGUAUUCAUCAUGUGAAAAGGCUUGUUUUUUCUUUCAGAAACACAAUGACUGGAAAAGAGCAGCAGUAAAACUGUAAAUUCUUUUCUGUAUCUUGGUAAUGACUGAGGGUUAAUUUGGUCUGACAAUAAUUAGAUCCUCUAGGAGUGUAGUGGUUUACACAUUUUCCUAAUAAGUAAAGAAAGUGUCUCCUCCCAGUUUAAGACUGGGAAGCACAACAGGAAGGGCAUCAAGUGUUUAAAAAUGUCUCAGCCAAUCAAACUACCUGCUGUGGUGACUCCUUAUGAAUAAAAGAGCAGCUGAAAGUAGCUUUUUAAUAGAGCGGUGGAAGUUGUUUCAUUUUAUCCCAUUCAUAUGUGUGUGAAGUCAAAAGGAUGAAUUUUAAAAAGCACGCUUUAUGGUGUGCACAACAUUAUACUGUCUCAAGGAGGAAGCUUGGAAAACAUUUUAAAGCUGUACGAAGCUAUUUCCAGUCCUCGUGUGAAGCUAACCUAACCCAGCUGCAGCCUUACACUAAACAGUCAUCAUAUGUAACUCGCAACAAGAAAGACCUCAUCUGAAGAUAACAAUUUACUCCUUUAAGGUCAUAGUGUGUGUUUGUGAGUAACCAGAUUAUCUUGUAUCUGCAGUGUCAAUGAGCAAACUCACUCUGCUUGUGACUAGAGGGGAAACUGCAGCAGAUACCCAAAACAGGGCUGCUGUAUAGAAAUGUUCCAGAAAUGUCACAAAGGGGAGUUGGUGUGGAUGAAACAAACAAAACUAUGCAAUAAACUGCACUAAAAUAAAGUUAUUCUCAAACACAGGACAGCAGUAUAAUCGUUUUUGCAACAGUGUGACUCGUUUCUUCAGCGCGCUGCCUUUUAUGUGUUUAUUGUACAGUUUCGAUCAGUGUUAUUUUCAGUGGGAGGAGGCAUCCGUUGUUUACAGUAUCGUCUCUGCACUCUUUUCUGUCUCAGCUUAGAGACUUUGAGAAAAUGGCCAACCAGAAAAUGUUUACACUGAUUUUGUAGUAAUUCAAAGUUUUCUUAUUGAACUGUAUACAAAUGGAUCUGUCUUUUAUACCAAAAUAAAAAGAAUCGGUUUGUA